AUGACGAAAACUAUUCGUUCUCCGGCUCUAGUUGUAAGGGCAUUCAAUGUAGAAGUAGCAAGAGUGCAAGAUCAAACUAGCGACUCGCAAACGGCUGCUUUUAGAGUACAAUUUUGGCUUGAUACCAUUAAUUAUAUAUAUAAGAAGGAUCAAACUAUUAGCAAAAUUCCUGCUAACCCUAUCGCGAAGGAACUGUUUAAGGUAUGUAAAAGUUAUAGUCUGCCAAGGAGGCAUUUAGAGAAACUGGUGUCUUCCAGAAGUAACUUAUUAAAAUCAAAGUAUUUUAAAACAUUAGAAGAUAUAGAAAGAUAUGCUGAUGACACAGUCUCCUCAGUAUAUUACUUGUUACUGAGUGUUGCUGGCAUAACGGACAUACAUGCAGACCAUGCUGCCUCUCAUUUAGGAAAAUCACAAGGGCUAACUAAUAUUUUAAGGUCAAUUCAUGUUUCUAAUUACCACAAAAUAGUAGCACUACCUAUGGACGUCUUAAUGAAGUAUCAAGUAAGCCAGGAAGAAGUUUUGAGAGGAGUUGACAGUGAAAAGAUGAGAAAUGUUGCAUUUGAAAUAGCCAGUAGAGCAAAUAAUCAUCUAAAAAAGGCACGGCAAAUUAAAGUGCCACCAAUAACUAAUCAGAUAUUUUUACCUGCGAUUGCAGUGGACUCCUACUUGACUAAACUGCAAAAGAAUAAUUUUAAUUUGUUUGAUAAAUCAUUACAAUGUAGUAGUACAAUUUUACCUUUUAAAUUUUAUUACAAAAGGAUAUUAAAUAAAUACUAA